UCGCUGGUGAUCGGUGCUCGGGGAGACAACUAGACACGCAUAGGACAGGGGACCCGGGGCCCGCUGCCACCCCUUCACUCACCCGCCUCCAUGCCUGGAUUACAUCAAAUGUUAAACACCAUUUACGAGGCUGAUUCCGCUUCUUCUACAGAUGGCAUCAGACGAGGCCAACCGGGGCUGAGGAUCGGGCACAAGACCGGCGCCGCACGACCAGUUGACUUGACAGUUCCAUCAAGCACAGUGCUGACGCAAGCCACCCCUAUGGAUUUUCAUCUAAUCCAGCGUCCCAACCAGCAGUCGGACACUGCGCUGCUGAACUUAAAGCAGGCCCAGCAGGCAUUCUUCUCUGCCAUCACUCCGCAGCACCAUAUAGAGCACAAAAUCAGGGUGGACUGUCGGAAUGCAGACCAUGGGCGGCAGGAGCAAAGCCUGAGACAUCUGGUCAACAAGGAUAAAAACAAAGGAAGCGGCAUGGCCAGCCCAGCAGUGAAAGAGAAGCUGUUACAGAUGAUUCGGAACAAACAGCAAGUAGCGCCAGAACGCAUUAAUGUCGCCAAUCACAGUGGCCAAGCCAUGCCUUACAGGCCUCCUGAGUUGAGUGAACCAGAACCUCACCCUCCACUUCCCACUAAUUUCAUUCCUCAGGAUGCUGCCAGCAACUGUAACCCUUCUGAGCAUUUCCCCCUCAGAAGAACAGCCUCUGAGCCAAACUUGAAGUGGCCUUGCAGACCCAAGAAGUCGGGGGAGAGGAGGAAGAACCCACUUACACGCAAGGAAAGCGCUCCACCUGCAGUUAGAAGAAGACCCCCAGAAACACAGGACUCUUCCCCCAGCAGUAGCAGCACUCCAGUGUCCGGCUGCAGCUCACCAAAUGACAGCCUGGCUGCUGAAAAUGGAAGUCUGUCCUCCCUUUCUGGAGCUUCAGAGGCUGAAAUGGAACGGAGGCCCUUGCCAAGUCUGAUACAUCGAGUGCCACUUCUGUCACAUUCUACUGUGUACAUGCCAGGUAUAGAAAACCAUGAUGGUACGAAUUCCCUGGCAACUCGUCUCCAACCUGUCAUCAUUCUAGAGCCUACACAUGGACAGAUGGUUACAGGCCUGAGUUCUGUGCCACUGCAAUUCACCCAUCCCAUUAUCAGCCCCGACCAUUUGUCAGCUACUGGGCACCACAAAGCCUUAAGCCGGACCCGUUCUGAGCCUCUUCCUCAAAAUUCCAAAACACUCCAGCAGCAACUGCUCCUCCAGCAGCAAUAUGCAGCACUUCCUGAUUAUUUGAGACGGACAAAUAAACGCCCACAGAAGACCAGUGAAAGGCCGAGAUUAAGCCAGAUCCCAUCAGAGGAGAUGGAUGAUAGCAGUCCAACAUAUGAGCGCACUAGUGAGCUGGGAUUAAACUCUGCUAGAGUCCGAACAGAAGCUAUACGAAGCAUACAAGACGUGCCCAGUGGUGGCCAACCAGUAAUCCAGCAUUUUAUUCCACAGGCUUACAUGUGGGAUCAGAGCCAUCUUCGUGCACAACAGCACCUAAAAAGACCUCAGCAACUGGACACUUUAAUGAUCCCUCUUAUGCCUCAAACACAUCGUCCUCUUACAAGAGCAAAGUCCUCUCCGGCUUCAGCUUCUAUCCCUUGUCAAGAUUCUUCCUCCAAAACGAUGACGCUCUCAUUGCCGGAACAGCCUGAGAAGAUACGCUUCACCACAGGAAUUGUUUAUGACUCUGUGAUGUUGAAGCACCAGUGUACCUGUGGAGACAACAGCAACCAUCCAGAGCAUGCUGGGAGAAUCCAAAGCAUCUGGUCCCGCUUGCAAGAAAGAGGACUGCGUAAUCAUUGUGAAUGCAUUCGUGGUAGGAAAGCAACCCUGGAAGAGCUGCAGUCAGUACAUACAGAGACACACGUCCUCCUCUAUGGCACCAAUCCUCACAACAGACUCAAACUGGACAAUCGCAAGCUUGCAGGAAUUCUUGCUCAGAGGAUGUUUGUCAUGCUGCCAUGUGGAGGACUCGGGGUGGACAGUGAUACCAUCUGGAAUGAGCUCCAUUCUUCAAAUGCUGCUCGCUGGGCUGCCGGGAGCGUGAUUGAAUUGGCAUUUAAAGUUGUAACACAAGAAUUAAAGAAUGGAUUUGCUUUGGUGAGGCCCCCAGGACAUCAUGCGGACCCAUCCACUGCUAUGGGCUUCUGUUUCUUCAACUCUGUGGCCAUUGCAGCCAAACAACUGCAACUGAGACUUGAUGUGAGGAAGAUCCUUAUUGUGGACUGGGAUGUUCACCAUGGCAAUGGAACACAACGAGUGUUUUACAGGGAUCCCAAUGUACUAUACGUCUCCCUUCAUCGACAUGAUGACGGCAACUUUUUUCCUGGCAGUGGAGCCGCUGACGAGGUUGGUUCCAACAGUGGGGAAGGUUUGAAUGUGAAUGUUGCAUGGGCAGGCGGUCUGGAUCCUCCUAUGGGUGAUGCAGAGUACCUUGCGGCAUUCAGGACUGUGGUGAUGCCAAUUGCUCAUGAAUUCUCUCCAGAUGUGGUCUUGGUAUCGGCUGGUUUUGAUGCAGCUGAAGGACACCCUGCUCCACUUGGAGGAUAUAAAGUGACGGCUAAGUGUUUUGGUCAUAUGACACGUCAACUUAUGAGUUUGGCUGGAGGUCGAGUGGUGCUGGCUUUGGAAGGUGGCCAUGACUUGACUGCAAUAUGUGAUGCCUCUGAGGCCUGUGUAUCUGCUUUACUGGGCAAUGAGCUGGAUCCCCUCUCCGAAGAAACUCUAAGGCAGAGGCCCAACCCCAAUGCUGUGCGAUCAUUGGAGACUGUUAUUCAAGUGCAGAGUAAAUAUUGGACAUCCGUCAAACGUUUUGCCUCCAAGAUUGCGUACUCUCUCCUGGAAGCGCAAAAACUUGAUCGGGACGAGGUGGACACUGUGACUGCCCUAGCCUCAUUGUCUGUGGGGAGAACAUUGGCAGCAGCUGGGAACAGUGAUCCUCAGGAAGAACCCAUGGAGGAAGGUGGCCCCAUGAGUCAAUGACCUAGUGAAGCUUAAAGUUCUUCUAAUGGAUGCAAUGAGCUGCUUUUAAUUCAAUGGUGCCGUUUGCUUUAUUAUUCUUAGCUCAAAGAUGAUGUAGUCCCUGACCUGUGAGAUCAUUCCUGAAGCAGCACCAAGCCAUCACAUGGUAACACGAGUCAAACAUGGGAUCUUGCCUAAAUAACAGAUUUCCAUUUGUUGCCUGAGCACAUACAUUUGUACAUAGACACUUUAUUGUCUUAUUACUGUGGCUAUGAACCGAGAGGGCAUUGCUGAUCUCGACCAAAGAUAUCAAUCGCAUGAGGUGGUAACCAUGUGAAAUAAGGACAAGUGAUGUUAAAGCGACACCGUCCGUCUUACCCAAGACCUGUGAAGAUGAACAUUCUACUUCUGUGUAAUUUAGUGUAUAAUGAAAUAGUAGCUGUGCUUCAACAUUUUCAGAUACUUUACAGAUUGUACCCAACUAAUUGAUUUACCAUGCUCAUGA